CACAAUUACACAGGCGGUAAGUUGCCUUAAUAACGUAAAGCAUUAAUGUGUUUUUUAUGAAUACAUAUGAAACAGUAUGUUUGACAGUGGUUUUAUUUCGUGAUUACGUUGGUUAAGCGAUCCCGUCCAGGAGAUUUCUAGACCCCUGAUUCUUGGAAGAAUGGUUUAAUGCUGUGACUCAAUCGACCACUGCAUGAUGGAACAUGUUAAAGAUAUUCCUGGCUUUAAGACUAUCUUGAAAGUUGUUCUUAAAAGCCAAAUACAACUUCUGGUGGAGCAGCUGGCUGAGCACACAGAUGAGGAGUCUGUCAUUCUCACUGCCAGCGUAGCAGACGGCACUCUCAGCUAUCUUGGAUCGGACUUUGGUGCUCUGUUCCUAGAAAACAAUGAUGACGUGAAGACACAGUUCCUCAACUUCUGUCUCCAGAAAAACCAGCUAAAUGAACUAACAGGGGACCAGCAAGAUGAUCCCAGUGGGAUCCUGGCCAGAAGGCGUCUACACAGACGUGCGUCAGAUACGUUCCUCACGUGGACAUCUCAUCUGCUUUUCCAGGACCAAGCUGGGGAGCAAGUAGGAAACCUGACUGGGGUUGAAGCAGGGAAGGGAGACAAUUGCCCAGGGAAUGAAGUAGGAAACCGAACUGGGGUUAAAGCAGGACAGGCAGACAAUUGCCGUGGGAAUGAAGCAGGAAACCACACUGGGGUUGAAGCAGGCAAGCGGGCUGGGAUAGAAACAGGAAAGGGAGACGCUGCAUGGGGAUCAGGGGGUAGGGACCAGGAGAUUGGGUUCGUAGAGAGCCACAAGGCAGAGAGAUCUGAGCGGAGUGUGUCAAUGUCGCUUGGAGAACGGGUCAUCAAACAGGAACCGAUGGAGAAUAACACAGUAACAGAAGAGGUCCAGGAGUCUAGCUUCACCAGCGAUGAAAAUAAUGUGAAGAAAACUGCAGCAAAAAGACGCUCACCAGGAAAACGUAAGGGCAGAAAGGGAAGACGAUCAGCAAGCAAGGGAAAGCAGACAAAAAAACAAAUGGAAACAGUUGCUGAUGAUGGAGACCUUAAUGUUAACAGUGAGAAAGCUACUGACAAGGAGAUGGAUAGACAGACAGGGGCUUAUAAAGGUGUACGAGUAACGAAGGAAGGUGAAUCUGAGGAGUGUGACACAGACGUGUAUGAUGAGACUGAAGUAGUUCAGAGGACUGGAAAAUCAACCGGAUAUGUUGAAGCAAUUGAAAAGGAUAGUAUUGAAAAUGAUGAGUGUAGUAAAGGUAACAGUGAUGUUGCUUUAAAAGACAAUGGACAUAUGGAUAGAAACAAGUGUGAGCAUUCUAUGUCUGAUAAAUGUAAGGAUAAAGACACUGGAACUAUAGGAGAAUCUCGCCUGUCUAAAGAUGGAGAUAAAGUAGAUGAAAGUAGGGAAGAUGUAAAUGAAAUAGAAAAUCAGUCUGUAGAAAUGGAUUUUGAGGAAGAGGAUGCACUGUUGGAACAAACUACAGCUAAGUUACAGGAAUCAGCAUCUAAAUCAGUUAAAGAGAUAAAACAUAUGGUAAAGGAAAUACAAACAAAACACCUAAGCCCCAGGAAAAUUGGAAAAAGGAAAACAGUAGGGACCAAAGAGAAAUCUGAGAUUGAAAUAAAUGAAUCUGAGAAAAGUAAUGACAAUAACAUGGAUGUUAACAUUACCAAACAUGUUAACAAUUAUAGGAAAACUAUCAUCAAUAGUGCUAGAACAGACUUCAGUGAAGAUGAACAGGUUCAGAACUAUCAUAAGGCUGUGGAAGAUGAAAGAGAAUCCCGGUAUGAAAAGUUGUUACAAGAAGUUCAGGCAGAGUGCAAUGAGAUUGACAGUGUCAGAAUUGAGGAUCACAGUGUCGGAUGUGAGGAUGAAAGUCACAUUGAUUCUGGUGAGAGGGUAAGUGUUGAAACUCAGACAGCACUUGAGUCUGAACCUGUUAAUAAUGCUCAGAGUGUAGGUAUGUCCAAACAUGAACAGGAUAAAAAUGAGCAGGUAAAACAAGCUGAAAUAAGCGUACAACAACACAAACAAACUGAACUAAGAAAACAGAUUCAAAGAGCAAACAGUGAUAGAACUAGUACCAAUUUGGAAACCAACACUAAUAAAUCAUCACAACCAAGUGGUGAAAGAGCAAACAUUGUAAAAAGUGUGAACCCAAAUGCUAUAGUAAUUGAUCUUGAUGCAGUAGAUACCACAUCGCAAGCCCGUAUUGAGAAGACACCAGUAAAGCAAGUAACUGGGCAGUCUGCAACACCCAGGCUCCAAAGAACUCCCAGUGCCUCAAGUGCUGGCAAACAAAGUACCCCAACCAGUUUACAAGGAAGACGAUCAAGUCAGCAAGGGACUCCUGCAAAGGGAGGCAACUUCAUCGACAAUUUAAUCUCAAAAGGCAUCCCCAUUAUAAUUCCCGAUGAAGACGACGAAUCAACACCCAAAUCACGUGGGACUUCGAUCAAACAAAAGCUUUACCAAGAUGAAAGUCAUUAUCAGUAUGAAGGUCUCAAUCCAUAUGUAGAACCAGUCAACCCUGCUGAAGAAUAUGUCCCCAUGUCUACACAGGUACCAAGCUAUCCACAGCACAGGUUUCAAUCCCCCAAAUCCAGCUAUCCGGGUCAACCAAGACAUCAGUUCACAUCCUCAAUGAGCUCAAACACUUCGGGUGCCUCGCCACGACAAGCUCUCCAUCAAAGACUCCAAGGGACCGUUACUCCAACAAAGACUCAACAUGGAACAGUUACUCCAACAAAGAUUCCUGCAUCAACUGUACAGAGACAGAUGUCACCGGGCAGAUCCUCUGAAGAGGGUUCAGGAAACACAAUAGUGCAGUACGCCAAGCUGCCUGUGUCGCCAAGGACCCACAGUCAGGAACAUAUGUCUGAUAUACAGGCGAUGUCAGGCACGCCAUCAAAGUCAGACAGUACCACCUCAAGACGACCAGGAACCGUCCCGUCUCCGCUGUCCAAUCGACUUAAGGGACAAGUUCCUGAUCAUGCUGUACGACUCAGUCAGUCACAGAAAAACAAGACGGCAGUAGACUCAUCAGCCUCGGCGAUAAUAGUCGAUGAUGAGCCUCCAAAACUGACGAGGGAAGAGUCUCGGAAGGGUGUUAAGUCUCCAACAGAAACUGUGGUGUAUCUGACAGAACAACAGCAGCUACAAAUGGAGCAAGUGAGGAAACAGCAGAUGGAGAAGAGACUGCAGGAGAAAGCGGCUCUCAUGCAGAGACAGAAACCAGUGUUUAGCCGUCAGGAGGGGCCGAUGAUUGUGAUACAGACAGCAUCACAGGAACUGUCAAUGGAACCACAGAAACCGUCUGGUCAGUUGCUUCAGCAGCAGCAGUUGGCACAGCAACAACAGUUAAGUCAGCAGAAAGCUCAGCUCUUGCAGCAACAACAGCAUCAGCAAAUGCUACAGCAACAGCAGCAGUUGUUUCAUCAGCAAAUACAACAACAACAGCAGCAACAGCGAAUGGCUACAUCACAAUUGUUGACCCAGGCUAUGAUGAGUAACAGCGUGAACAUGUCCAAUCUAAACAUGGUACCAGUGUCGUCAGAGGGUGUCAAUAUACCAGGAAUGCCAGUGCUGUUCAAUGUGUUACAAGCCAUGCCUAUAUCUAUCGCCAUAUCCCAGCCGUCUGAGAGUCUCCCAGUGAUAUCUGGGGUCACCAGCAUGGCGGCUCAGUUUGUUGACCCCCCUGACUUGCCUGAUACGAGGCCCCAGGCCAGUGUCAUCCAGAUGCAUACAAACUCUUAUGAACAGGUUUAUGGGACUUCAAACACUGGCGUGCUGCAGUCAAUGGCCAUAAAACGAACAUAUGCUGAAGAGUUUGGUGGAAAUUUAGUUCGGGAUAGUGAAGAUGAGCCCCUGCAGAAAAGAGCCACUUUUUUGUCGCCUGUUCCUCAACCUACGAGCGAACAACCGGAAACUUUGUCUCCCAGUAAACAGUCUCCACGAGUCGAAAUUGACGUUGAUUUGCCCUCUGUGAAACAGGAAAUGAUGCAAGAGUAUGAAACAAUGGCACUGAAGUCGUCUACACGAAAGUUGAAAGAGGCUGAGAGAACGUUUUAUCCUCCGAUAAGUCCCUCUACCAAGCGUCUCCAUUCACACCCAGGGACGAGGUCGAGAGUUGCAGCAUCGUCAACAAGCUCUGAGGGUUCCUCCAGCGAACCAUCAUCAUCGUCAGACGUGCUGGCAGCGGGAAGUAAGAGCUUUGGAUGCGGCGAUUGUGGAAAAACCUUUGCCACAAAGCAGGGCUUGAGCAUUCAUUUUAAGAAACACACAAAAGAGACACCAUUUGAGUGUGACGUGUGUGGGAAACAUUACUCAAAGAAAGCGUGUCUCACCAAGCAUAUUAUGACACAUUUUAAUGAAUCAACAAGCGCCAGUUGAAGGAAGUAAUGAAAGUGCAUUCAGGGAAAAAUGGGCUUAAUGCAUGUGCGUAAAGUGUUGUAAAGGCACAGGCUAGUAAGGGACAACACUUUGCGUCUGUACUGGAUAUUUACAAAGAAGAGACAUCCUUAACCCUUACAAUGCGGGAACCGAAUUUGUAAGGCCUUUGCAAACAGAUUGGAUCCAGAUGAGACGCCACAGAACGUGGCGUCUCAUCAGGAUCCAAACUGUUUGCUAUUCUGAUAGUAUUCUUUGAAAAAAAUCGAAGAAAAUGCCAAUUUUAGAAAUUCAGCAGACGACAUUUUAGCAGACGACAAAUUUCCCAGCAUGCAAAGGGUUAAAAUGACAAAUACCUUUAAAGUGAAAAAUGUCCUUUAUUAGCCUGUGCAGACUGCACAGCUUAUCUUAGACGACACUUCACCCGCACGCAUUAAACGUAGUUUUCCCAGAACAAGGCUUAUAGCUCUUUAGUUUUUUCAGUGAAGAAAAACACAUUUGUUAAGAGAUAGGCAGCAAACAGUGCUAUUCUUGUAGAUAGUAAAUUUGAACACUUUAGUCCUAGACAAGUGAGCAGGAGGGGACUAUAGGUUUAUCCCCACUCUGUCAGUGUUUGUUUGUCAGACAAACUUGUUGUUGCUGUGGUGAUAGAUGGUUUAGGAAAUACUUUAAAAGUAAAACCUGGAUCUUGUGAUGUAACUUGGUAUGUGGAUAGAGGGCCAUGUGGACAUUGUGCGUACUAUAUCAGUUUUGUUUGUCUGUUCAUCCAAAAAAAUCUGGAUCCUACAAUAACACAAAAAGAACUUAAGCUAGGUUAGUGAAAUUGAGUACAAGUAUGUUGAUAGACUGUUAUCAUAGUUAUGGGGAAUAUUCACAUGUGUCAAACACAAAUUAUGAUAUGUUGUUUGUACAGAAAUAUGUGCAAACCAAAAUUUUUAUCUUGUAACAACUGAAAAAGGACUUGAGCUAUUAAGCAGUUAAGCUACAUUGAUGAAGCUAGGUAUGUUGUUAGAAGGCCAUAUGUUGGAUGUGUACCUGAUUUAAGUUUUCUUGUUAGACCGAAAUUGUGGUUGCUAUUGGUAAUGAUAUAAUUGAAAAUCUGCAUGGAGAUUAAUACAAGUUACAGAGGUUUUCUUGCUAACGAUACUCUGACAACAUUAACCCUUUCCGACUCAGAAGCAAAGUAAUAAUGGCUAUAUGCCAACAGCAUAAAACAAGAACAGCCUGCGAGUAACUCGCAGUCUGUUCAGGUUUUAUGCUGUUUGCCGCUCAUCAGUAUCUAAGGGUUGGAAAUGAAGCCUUUAAAACUUGACUUUGUUAAGAAAGGUCUUAAAUUAAAUUUAACUUUCUAUGGGACAACAAAUGUGUAAAAAUACAUAUCUAAGUGGUAAAGGGUGAAGGCUGUAGGAGACUGCUGUAGUGUCUGUGACAAAGCUCUUGAUGUAAUAUGUAUGAACAAUAUUUAUGUAGUCAUUUAACUCUUUCAGUGCUUGAACCGAAUUUUGAAGGCCUUUGCAAACAGUUUGGAUCCAGAUGAGACACCACAGAAUGUGGCGUCUCAUCAGGAUCCAAACUGUUUGCUAUUCUGAUAGUAUUCUUUGAAAAAAAUGAAGAAAAUGUUAAUUUUAGAAAUUCAGAAGACGGCAUUUUAGCAGAUGACCAAUUUCCCAGCAUGCAAAGAGUUAAAUGCUGUCACUUUAAUCUGAAGAUAGAUUGACUUUUUUGUGUACAAUAACUGAAAGGUUAUUUAAAUAUUCUAAGUCGCCUUACUUCCAAGAGCACUUGUUCGUUUCUCAUGUAAUACCACUGUCAAAAGUAUGUGAUAUGGGUUUUGUUGAUUGACAUAUUCUGGAUGAUGAUUAGCAGGUUUAUACAGUGUGUGCUAUUCUUGUUGUUUCCACAGUAACCAAAAUAAAAUUUAUAUUCAUCUGCUAUUAUCUUUACUUUAAGCACUAUAUAAAUAAUAAUAAUACUGUUUUGAAGAAUUAACAAUUUAUAAUUUGUACUUGAGCAUAAUGUUGAAACUUAAUGUGUAACUUAUUUUCAACAGAUUUUAUAAAAUAUUAACCCUUUCAGUGCGGAAACCGGAUUUUGAAGGCCUUUGCAAACAGUUUGGAUCCAGAUGAGAUGCCACAGAACGUGGCGUCUCAUCAGGAUCCAAACUGUUUGCUAUUCUGAAAGUGUUCUUUGAAACAAAUCGAAGAAAAUGCUAAUUUUAGAAAUUCAACAGAGGACAUUUUAGCAGACGACAAAUUUCCCAGCAUGCAAAAGGUUAAACAGUUCAUAGUAGAUUUGUUUAUAAAAGUCUGCUGUUAGUUAUUUUGUAGAAGCUUGCUGUUUGUUUUGUUCUUAGAUGGUUAAAGAUUUUUACAAUUUCAAUUUUUUGUGUGAUUGUUUUACACUCUAUUUUAUGCAAGUAUUUUAGAUUUUUAUUUGUGCAUGUCUGUUAAUGCUAAUUUUUUCCACCAUAAGAACUGUUGAUGCUUCUUGGAUAAUAACUCGUGUUUCAAGUUUUUUUAACUGGUUCUUAAUGGCUUAAGUUACUUGUUGUUGCCCAGGAAGGAAUGUACAAAGAAUAAGCAUAUUAAUUGUGUAUUUUUUUUUACAGCUUUUCAUUUUUUCUCAGACUUAUAUUUAAAAGCAAAUCAUGGACAAACUUGUGGCUUGUAAAUUAUUAGUAUAUUACUCAUAUAUUAUGUUAACAUAAGUGUUAAUCAUUCACCCAAGAUGUGUAAUUUGGUACAAGGAAGGGUGUGAUCGUUUCAAUUUUCAUGUCUUGCAUAUAGAAAAUGAAUGGUUAAUGCAAUAUCAUUUUGUAUUUUAUCGGGUGGGACUUAUAAUAAAAUGACCAUUAUUUUUAUUGAUGAAGAGUCAGAUAAAUUACAAAACAGGACAUUAACUAGUUUUUCUUUUUACCAUACCAAAAUGCCCCCAUUGUAUAGAAAAAAUAAUAAAUUAUAAUCGCUACAACAUUUUAGCAUAAAUUAAUAAGAUGUAAGAGGGUUGACAUGUUAGACAGGACAUAACGAGCGCUUGCUUUUAAUAUUGGUCAAACAAGUAUUUUGCAACUUUGUUGAUUUGUGUCUAAAGUAUAAUACAUUUUGGUGUUGGGUUUGUUGAAUCUGAUUUGGGUUAUUUACUUCAAAUGAUGACUUCAUAGUUGGUCAUGAGUAAUAUAACUUACCAUACCUCUAAACAUGGACCGAUAUAAAUGUGUCUUGUUAUGAGAAAACUGGGCUUAAUGCUUGUGCGUAAAGUGCCGUCCCAGAUUAGCCUGUGCAGUCUGCACAGGCUAAUCAGGGACGACACUUUCCGCUUGAAUGGUAUUUUUAGUUUCAAAGAAGUCCCUCCUUAUCGAAAAUCAAGUUUAGGCGAAAAGUGUCGUCCCUGAUUAGCCUGUGCGAACUGCACAGGCUAAUCUGGGACAGCACUUUACGGACAUGAAUUAAGCCCAGUUUUCUCAGAACAAGACACAAAUGCUUACUGAUCAGAUAUAUAUGAGCCGUACUCUGAAGACAGGACUUGCGUGUGCGUAAGCUGUUGUCCAACAUUUGCCUGUGCAGUUUGCCCAGGCUAAUCAGCGACGAUAUUUUCAGCCUAGACUGGAUUUUGGCUAGAAAUCUUUGUAGUGGUGUGAUAAAUAUAGUUCUAGGAAAAGAACAUAGAAUGUUGCUUUUGCAUCUUGCCAUAUCUCACUUAAAGACGAUACAGUUUUGUGUUCAGUAGGAGACUGUAAUGGAAAUAUGUUACAUUUUACCAUCUCUCUGGCAAAAUAGGUCUUAAUGCAUGUGCGUAAACUGCCGUCCAAGAUAAGCCUGUGCAGUCUACACAGACUAAUCAGGGACAACACUUUCCACUUUUACAAAAAAAUUCUUUUGAAGGCAGUCACUUUUAAACUAAAAUCCAAUCUUGAUGGAAAGUGUUGUGUCUGAUUAGCACAAGCUUAUAUGGGACGACACUACGCAUAUGCAUUAAGUCCCCUUUUCCCAAGGUAUGUCUCAUUUAUGUGGUGUGUUAUCUGGUAUUGAUUAUUCAAAUGUAAAGACUGUCUGAAUAACUGUUGACAAUUAUGUGUGUUCUAACGCCGACAUGAAUAGAUAUCUUAAUACAUGCUAUUCCGAAUAGAUAUCUGAACACAUGCUAUUCUGAAUAGAUAUCUGAAUACAUGCUAUUCUGAAUAGAUAUCUGAAUACAUGCUAUUCUGAAUAGAUAUCUGAAAACAUGUUAUUCUGAAUAGAUAUCUGAAUACAUGUUAUUCUGAAUAGAUAUCUGAAUACAUGCUAUUCUGAAUAGAUAUCUUAAUACAUGCUAUUACAUCAACUCAUCUAGUAUUAAUGUAUAGUAUUAUAGUCAACCAAAGACAGUUAAUAAUUAAUUAAUUGUUUAUUUCUCUUGUAUGACAUCAGCUUUUAUGUGUGUGUAUUUUCUUCAUGAUCUAUGUGUGUAGUAUCUUGGACUUCUUGCUCUAUGUUUGGUGCAACAUUAGUUUAUGUAUUAACUAUGAAAAAUGUGUUGGUUGUUAAGUUCGUAAUGUUAUAGUUAAUUUGAAACAUGAUUUGUGACCUCUCCUAACAUUAUGUGGGGAUAUUAAUACAUGUGUGGUAAUAAUGUUAAUCUUGACAAUGCAUGUCACAGCUUAAUGUAAGAGUAUAUUGUCUCUCAAAGAAUAGUCAUAUCUUGCUGUAUUGCAUGUUCAUUUGUAAUGUAUCUAAGAAUCAUAGUUGGCAGCUUCCAUUUAAGAUGUGUAACCUGUAUGGUAUCAUUUAUGGUUGAUUUAGAUUGCAACCGUGAGCUCUCCUGAGCAUGGAUCCAUUGAAACUGUGAGCUCACCUUAGCAUAGAACCAUUGCAACUGUGAGCUCACCUUAGCAUGGAACCAUUGCAACUGUGAGCUCACCUUAGCAUGGAACCAUUGCAACCGUGAGCUCACCUGAGCAUGGUGCCAUUCAACCAUGAGCUCACUUGAGCAUGGUGCCAUUGCAACCUUGAGUUCACCUGAGCAUGGGGCCAUUGCAACCCUGAGCUCACCUGAGCAUGGUGCCAUUGCAAUCUUUAGCUCACCUGAGCAUGGUGCCAUUGUAAAUAAAGAGAGCAUACUUGGGUCAUUUUGACUAUCUUCUAUCAUACUCAUAUACAUUUUGUCAUCAGCCACACUCUCGCGGUCAAUCAUGCUUCCAUUUCAUCUCAAAUGUUUAUACGUUCCAUCAAAACUUGCUUGCAAUAUUGUUUUAAUAAUUUGAAAUUUUAAUCAAGACAUGUCUGCUUGAUUUAGUUAAAAUUGUUAUCUUUGAGUUAAUAAACGUUGCUGGUAAUAUG